UUGAAUCGGCACUUGGCUAGUUGACCGAGCGGCCGCGUUGUCAUCUCCACUUCCAUCCAUUUCUUGGCGACUCUCCCGGCGAUGGGUUUCAGCGUCGGGGAGACGCUCGCGUCGGCGGUGGUGAAGGAGGCGGUGAACAUGAUCCGCGUCGCGGCCGAGCGCGAGGCGGGCCUGCUCUGGAGCUUCAAGGACGACCUGGGGGCCAUGGGGGACACGCUGGAGACCAUCCACGCGGCGCUCAGGGACGCGGUCGCCGCCCGCGGGCCGGCGCCGGACGAGAGGACGCGCCUGCUGCUCGGGCGCCUCAAGGCGGCGGCGCAAGACAUCGAGGACCUGCUGGAGGAGUUCGCGGACGCCGGCGCCCGGGGCCGCCGCAGCAACUGGCUCCGCGAGGGGUCUCGCUGCUGCUAUAAUAUAUCUCCGUCGCGCAGUAUCUUGGCUCACAAAAUGAAGAAGAUGAGGGAAAGAUUAGGAAGAAUUCAAGCAGAUGCUGGACUUGCUAGAUCCCAUGGUGGCACGAGCAGCAAUCUCCAUGAUCAGGAUGAUGAUAUCAGCCGAAGAGAAACAUGGUCAGAUUUCGGAGAAUAUAUUGUAGUGAGCACUUUGCUCAGGCACACUGAGAAAGAGCUCUCUGUUAUCUCGAUACAUGGCUUUGGCGGUUUAGGGAAGACAACACUUGCCCGGCUGGCCUUCAAUGCCGAGCCUGUGAUUGGAGCCUUCGAUUGUAGGGUCUGGAUUCAUGUCUCUAUGAAGUAUGAUUUGAUAAAAAUUGGGAAGUCGAUACUUUCCAAACUUGAAGCAAAUUGUUCUGGUGAUUUGGAUCACUUGAAGACACAACUGAAAGGAUUGCUCAAGGACAAGACUUUCUUGAUCGUUCUGGAUGACAUUUGGGAGGAAGACCCGCAUGAACUGGUGAAGUUAAUGGAUUUUCUGAAUGUUGGUGCAAAAGGAAGCAUGGUCUUAGUUACUACACGAUAUGAGAAAAUCGCUAUAAACAUGGACCCUGUCCUAUGCCACAGGCUGGAGAGUUUAUCUGAUGGAGAAUGUUGGGAUCUUUUUAAGGAAAUGGCCUUCGUCUCUGAAGCCAAAGAAGCAAGACUGCAACACAUCGGCAGAGAUAUAGUAAAGAAGUGCAAAGGUGUUCCUCUAGCUGUGAGAUCGCUUGCAUUCGUACUAAAAUUGAAGGAAGGGGUUGAUGAGUGGGAAGAUAUCAGGGAUAGUCACCUCUGGGAAUUGGAGGAAAAACAAGAUAUAUCUUUUGAUAGUGUCCUGCCAUCAUUGAAGUUGAGCUUUCAACAUAUGUCUGCCACCUUGAAAUUAUGCUUUGUGUAUUGCUCUGUCUUCCCAAAAGGCAGUUACAUUGACAAGGACUUGCUGAUCCAACAAUGGAUUGCACUUGGGUUUAUUCGGCUGAAUGAGUCGUUCCAUCCUGAAAGGCGCGGAGAGGAGUAUGUUAAACAACUUUUGGGGAUGUCCUUCCUUCAGAUUUCAACUACACAAACACCUAUUACCAGGAAAUGUAUUGAAGCACCAAAUGUAUUCCGUUUGCAUGACCUAGUAUAUGACUUGGCAAGAUCGCUGGCGAUGGUGGACCUACUUUUCCUUGACACUGAGAGUAACCUUAAAGUUAGUUCCACACACAGUGAUUGCCGUUAUGCAGUGCUCACCAAUUGCAAUCCAACAACUCUCCCUAACAACAUGAUGAGAAAACUGAGGGCUCUCCAUGUUAACGAAUGGAAGCAAGAAAAGAUCCCUAAUAAAAUAUUUGCUACUAAAUUCUUGAGAGUCUUAAAUUUAAGUGGAUGUUCUCUUUUGGUGCUGCCAAGUUGCAUCAAACAGUUGAAGCUACUGAGGUACCUUGAUGCUUCAGGAAUGCAAGAUAAAACGCUUAAUCACUUGAGCAGUCUGCAGAAUUUACAGGCAUUAAAGCUCUCGGGUAGCUUGAUUGGGGCACUUCCACAUGACAUGGGUUCUCUUGAGAAGCUGCGUUACUUAAAUCUGAGUGGUUGUUCUAAUCUUUUGGUACUGCCAGAAUCAUUAUGUAGUCUUGGAAACUUGCAGUAUCUAGACAUGUCAAACUGCUCUGCAAUUAAGGAGUUGCCUCCACAUUUUGGCAAUCUUUUUAGCCUGUCAACUCUGGAUUUAUCAUCUUGUUGUGACUUAACAAAGCUUCCAGAGAGUCUCGGUAGCCUUCAAAAGCUUCGUGUUCUAGAUCUUUCUAACUGUUGGAAACUUGAUGCAUUGUCUGAUUCUUUUGCUAAACUUGAUCAUUUGAAGGGUCUAAAUUUGUCAUGUUGUUAUGAACUUAAAGAGCUACCAGAACUAUUUGGCAACCUUGAGACUCUGGAUCUGUCAGAUUGUCACAAGCUUCAGAAAUUGCCUGAAUCUAUUUCUGGACUUCAAAAUUUGAAGGUACUAAUUCUAUCUGACUGCUGGGAGCUAACUGUACUUCCAGAGUCAUUCGGGAAUCUCAAACAACUCCAGUAUCUAGACCUGUCAAGUUCUCAGAUUUCUGCAUUGCCUGAAUCUGUUAGUGAACUUGUCAAUUUAGAGUAUAUGAAUAUAUCAUGGUGCACGGAUCUUCAUGAGUUACCUGGUAACUAUGGCAAUUUAGUCAAACUUGAAGAGCUGAACAUGUCAUACAUUGGCGAUGGUAAUGUCAACAUUCCAAAGGGGAUAGCUGAAAUGUCUAAUCUCAAGAUUCUGUUGGCAGAUGGCCUUAUCAAUUGGUCAUGGGAAAAUGAAGAAGAUAUCGUGUUCUUUAAUGCUUUAAGUAGCUCCAGGUCUAGUUUUUUCUUUACUGGGGAGAAUAAACCAAGUGAUUUAAGCAUAAAGGAUAAUACUCUUCAAGUUGGAGAUCUUGGGCGUGUGCAGAAUCUUGCGGAAGUUGAGGAACUGCAAUUAUGGAAAAGGCGGCAGCUGCACUCACUGAUGGUCUCGGGGCAUGGUUAUGGGACUGGUACAGAACUAGCACAAGAACUUGUGCCUCAAGAGGCCGUGCUUGAGAAAUUGCAACCUCCAAGGACACUAGAACGGUUUGAAUUGUUGGGCUGUACUAUUUCUACAUUUCCUAGUUGGAUGACAGACAUUGCGUCUUUCCUCCCAAACCUUGCUCACCUUGAACUACGCCAUCUGGAAACAUGUGGCUGCCUUCCACCUCUUGGACAACUGCCUAAGCUACAUAUGUUGGUGAUAUCUGACAUGCCUCAUAUCAAGGAAGUCAAUCAAGAAUUCUCAGGGGGUGCUAGACCAUUUCAGAAGUUAAGAAAUAUUGUGAUAAAGAAUAUGCCAAACCUGGAAAAAUGGCACACAGAUGCUACUGUAAGUGGCAAUGAUGUGGAAUUCAUGUUCCCAGUUCUUCAUCAUCUGAAGAUACACAAAUGUCCAAAGUUGAGAUUUCAGCCGUUCCUUCCUCGAUCUGUGUCAUUGGAAAUUUAUAGAAGCAAUCAAGUUCUAUCGUCAGGAGUUCAAUCAAAUGGCCAUUUGUAUUACAUGCCAACAAUAAGGGUGCUGAUCGAUUCCUGCACAUUAUCUUCUGAUGGUUUGAUAGGGUUGCAGUCUCUUACCUCCCUCAAGUUCCUCGGUGUGCGCCACUGCAUAGGUCUGGAUAACUGGAGAGAUAGCAUUGACAUGCUAACUUCACUGAAGAGUUUAGAUAUAGCUAUGAGCAAUGUUCCUGAAUGCUUGGGAGGUGUCACUUCACUGGAGUGUCUGAAAAUCCGUAACUGCCCAGUAAAUUAUAACACUCUAGAGCAAGUACUACAUCUUACUGCAUUGGUGGACCUGUCAAUUUGUUGUAGCCAACCGACUAAAUUAGUAAAUGAACAAGAGGUCAAUUGGUUGACGAAUAUGCCAUCCUGUCUCGAGAAUCUUGUAAAUCUUGAGCUUGACAAUUUCAUUGGCUGCGACCGACUUCCCUUCCUUGGCUGUCUAGAAAAGCUACGUUCAUUGACACUACGACAGAUGCCUGAUCUCAAGACAGUGCAUCAGGAUAUUUCCGGGGGCAGCAAUUGUUUGCCGAUGCUACAAACCCUCAAGAUAGGGAGCAUGCCUAAUCUUGAAAGGUGGACUACCGCGCAUGCUACUGCAGCACAUGCUACUCAUGUGAGGAUCUUCCCUGAUCUUCAACUACUCAAGGUUUUUGACUGUCCAAAGCUUAAGUUUGUGCCAUUUCUUCCAGUCUGCUCAAAGUGCAUUAUCAGUGUGACUAGUGAAGUAAUAGUGCCGGAGCACCAUGAUGAUCCUCCCUGGGACAUGCCCACAUCAGAACUAUUCUGCUUCUAUUUACAUGGUAGAUGCACAGGACUCCAAUACUUCAAAUUCCUGAGAUUACUAUCAGUUUAUGGCUGUACAAAUCUGAGCAGUUGGCAAGAAAGCAUCCUCCUCCUUACCUCCCUUCAAAAACUGGAGUUGCAUGAGAGCGACAUGCCUAGAUGGUUGUGUAAACUCUCCUCACUGCGUGAACUUCACAUCAUAAAGAGCAAACCACCGCUCAACCUAUCCCAGUUUGUUUAUGAUCGUCACCAGAUUGCCUUAAGAAUCGAGGAUUGCCAGGGGACACUCAAGCAGGUGCCUUCUGUAGUGAUUUUGGACAUGAUAAGACACAUCACUUCUGUGGAAAUAAUUGGUUGUGAGCCAAUAAUGCAUUCAGAGUGGCGAAAUGGUGAACUCUUCAAGUGCAAACUUCGAAAGUCCAGUGAGUGGUACAUGCCGCGUGCAGAUGCUGGGUCACUGCCAACCAUCCUUGGCACAUGGCAAGAGGAACCGACAGAGCUCCGCUCUGGUGAUACAGCCAACCCUGACCAACCAGGGCCUUCAGGAACCAAGUGACCGAUGAUGAUGAUGCGAAUAAGGAGAUGGCUGCAGUGAAGACCUCCCUCCUCCUGAUGCUUCUUCCUCAGUGAAAUACAUGAAUUUCUCAUUUCUGUGUUGUGCAAACACAGCACCCAGCUGCAAGACGUACUCCGUGCUAUCCGUAUUGUUGCCUCGCGUGAAUUUGAAGCCAAUGCAUCCCCGGUGAUUCGAAUCGCCGCAUAGGCAAUAUGUUCAUGCAAAUCAGGUCAGCGAAAGUUGUAUAUGGUUAACUGGUUUUGAUGUUCAGAGAAACGAAAACUGCUUUGGUUGUGUUCAAACUUUGCUGAUUUUCAUUCAAACAAACCCAUUUAUUGAGACGGAUUUACAGAUUGGUACUAUGACGUGGCUUGUCACAAUAUGAAAAUGUUGUUGACAAUUUGGUGUGCAUGGUUUUA